UGAUUAAUUACGUUUGUUGAAAUAGACCAAUUGUCGUCUGAUCAUUUGAAUCUUCUUGAUUGGACUUCGCUAAACAAUGCUAAAUAGCUACAAGUAUUGCUAAUAUCAUACAGCUUUUAUUGGGAUAGUCUAAGAUACGGAGAUUUAAAUAAAUAGUUGAAAUUUCCUUAUCGCUUUGUCAAACGCUAUUAGUUUUCAAUGAAAAUGAAGGAAAACGGAAGUAUCAAAAGAAGUGAAAAAAGAGUAAAGAAAUUCAAGGCACUGAAAGAUUUUGGGGAUCAAACCAGUUUCCAUGGAUUUCGUUAUGUAGCAGAACAUUCGUCAUUCUCUAUUAGAAGAUUGCUUUGGUUCUUACUGAUCUUAGCAUGUUUUGGAGGUUUAGUGUUCCAAAUUGUAGACAGAGUAACAUAUUACUAUGGAUGGCCUGUAACAGUUAAUGUUGGUGUAAAUUAUAACAAAACACUCCAAUUUCCUGCCGUCACGAUCUGCAAUCAAAAUGCUUUCAAAGCAUCUUUAGCUUCAGAACAUGGUUGGUAUGAAAUCAUAGAAAGAAUGUUUUCAACACAAUCCUCCCUUGAUGAUUUGCUACAGAAUAAUAUGUAUGAAAAUAUCACGUUGGAAACGUUGUACCUUAAUACUGCACAUGAAAGGGACGACUUUAUUUUCAGUUGUUCUUGGAAAGGCAUACCAUGUAAACCUGACGACUUCAACAAAAUCUUGACAGACCAUGGAGUUUGUUUUACAUGGAAUAAUAAAGAUGACCAUUAUGUAUCUUCACCAGGUGUAGAAAAUGGAUUAAAAUUGAGACUAAACGUAGAACAGUAUGAAUAUAUGCCAGGACCUCAUGAUGCUGCCGGUGUUAAAAUUCUUAUUCAUGAUAGAUUGGAGAUACCUAGAGUGUAUGCCCUUGGUCAAGCCGUGUCCACAGGUUCCAAUGUUUUUGCAGGUGUGCAAUUGCUCAAGGUUGUAAAUCUGCCCUCUCCACACGGUUUAUGCAGUAGCAGAGAGCUGGAUUAUAUUGACAGAUACUCACAAGGAGCUUGUAAACUGGACUGUCUAUCACAUACUGCUGCACAAAUGUGUGGAUGUAGACAUAUUUACAUGCCAUCAAAAGACGGUUACCCACCAGUUUGCACGAUCAAGCAAUACUACGGCUGCUUAAAACAGAUAUUGGAUGAUUUUCCAAGUCUGUACGAAGAGAAUUGUAAUUGCCCUGUCCCUUGCACAUUUAAUGCAUAUCAAAACGACAUAUCAUAUGCCUCAACUUCAAGGUUUGCUGCAAAUAAAUUCCUAGCGGGGAAUAUUACACAAAAACUGGGAGAAAAGUUGAUGGAUGCAAAUGAGGUAACUUCCCGAAUGGACGGGGAUAAACUUGAGGAAUUCAAAGAUCUUUACACCAACUUUUAUACAAAAUUAUCUGUUGUUGAAGAUGAAUUGUUCGGUAAUUUAAUAAAAUUACUGGGAGAGGUAAAGACACGAUUUUCAGUGAAUUUCGACUAUUUACGAUCAGUUUGUUCCUGGAAAAAAUGGUUGUAUGGGUAUCAAGAAUAUAUUGUGCAAAAGAAUUUCAUCCGUGCACGUGAUGCAUACGAAGAGCGUCAUUUUCAUAUCAUUUCACUUGCGUAUACUGAGUUCAUAUUAAUGAUUGAAAAUAAAAUAAGGUCAUUAAAUUCAACCGUUUUUGCUGACGAAGCUGUCCGCGAUUUUCUUUAUCAUCAAACUAUUAAUAUUUUAUUGAAUAGACAAGAAAUAGUUCGAAGAUCACUAAUAAAUUUUACUGAAUUAAUAACAGCUUAUCGUGAAGGCGUAGGAAUAUUUAACUAUACAUAUGACUACGCACCAAAGUCACAUAACGAUUACGCGGUUCCGGUGCAUUUGUUGAAUGAUUCUUUAACGCAUAAUAGGUAUGCUGUAAAAUACACUGGAAAGUUUGAAAGUUAUUUGAAUAGAACUUAUGAUAUUUUAACAUUUUUGAAGGAAUUAGCUGAUAAUGCGUAUGCAAACCGAAGUGUAACAGAUGAUGAAAUGUUUUAUGGGACAGAAGAAUUUAGAUGGUUAAUGAGAAAUUGGAGAUACGCAAAAGCAGUUACUUAUUACGAAGUAGUAGAACGACCAUAUCGAAUAUUACAAGAUAGACAUUCAGAGUUUGAAAAGAAGUGUUUCUCUGCAGAAAAUAUAAUGCAAUCGAUAGAAGAAACAAUACAUUCCUUAACAAAAACCAUCAGAUCGGUUAAUAAUACACUUUUUGCACCACUUCAUCUGAUUAGUUCUAUUACUGAUCGUUAUUUUUCUAAUUUUGUCGGUACAAAGUUUGAUAUUGGAACUCACUUUUUAUCAAGUCAAGUGAAAAAUGGUAAACUUGAUCUUGGAAACUUAUUGCAAUUGAUCUUAACGGAUGAUUCUGACAUAUCGUCGGAAUUAGACCAAGUAUUUUCGUCUCAUUUAGAAAUAUAUGAAACAAUAGUAAAUGACCAAGACUCAUUUAUUUACUACAAUUUUUCCAACCAUUCCGAAUAUUUACAAACAUUUGAAGAUGUAAAACAAAUAAUAACUAGUAAUUAUACAGAACUGAAAGCUAUGUUACAUUUGUAUGAAACAGUUGGUGAAGACGGAACAGCGUUCCUAACAUCCGUAACAAUCUUGGAAGAAUACUUUUCAGCAUACAUGGGAAUGAUGAACAUUAAUAAUGAAUUUAUUAAGGAAAAUUUUCUGCAACUUGAUAUAUUUUAUAAACAAAUGAGCUAUGAAGAAAUUACUCAACAGGAAGCUUAUGAUCCAUUUGCUCUUAUAUGUGAUAUUGGAGGAUCUAUGGGACUUUUUCUAGGAGCCAGUUUACUGUCCUGGUGUGAAAUAUUGGAUUUAUUUAUCACGAAUUUUAUAUUACCAAGAAACAGGCCUCUAAAAUGAAAUAAUUGAAGACAAAAACGUAAUGUGUUAUAUUUGCAUCCACAUACUGUACAAAGUUUUGCAAAGUGAAAAUAUCAUUUUCGUUUAAAGUCAUUUCAGUCAAAUGAAUCAUUGUCAUAUUGUAAAACAAAUUAUUCCUCUGUAUGUCAUUAUUGAUAGCUAAAUGAAGAUUUAUUUGGUUGGAACUAUCCAAUGUGGCAUUGAAUAAAAUAUCUUAUUCCA